AGAAAAACAUUUCACUUCACUAUUGGUCCGUGCAUCGUCCGUGCGGUGGGUCCGUUUUUUUCCUUGGGAUAUUCUCCUGUGCUAGAUUUUAUUUUCCUCAAGGAGCGAGGCAGGGAGACAGUGAAGGCGGUGCAUACGAGACUACAAAGGAAGCGCUGGGUGCUACGAAGUGAGUGUAUGGCCAUAACGGGUCAAAAUUGGUGACGAUCGCGGAAAAACGUGAAAAAUUGCAUCAACUUUGUGGGCUGUGUCAGUGCUAGAGAGGUCGGAGUGAAUGUCCUGGAGUGAGGAACCACACAUUGAGUAAGAUUACACGGUAGUCAAGCUCGACGAAAUCGGUUACGUGUGCAAGGAAAAAUUUGAAUACCUAGAAGAAAAUUUUUCAUCCUUACUUGGAUUUCAACGGAGACAACCACGGUUGGCAAUUUAGAAACGGUGAAAAAGAAAGAGAUAAGUUGAGGUGAAAAAUUUCCGGUAAUUUGAAACCGCAGCAUAAACCAAGAAGCGUGAAGGAGCAAGAAGAAAGUUUUUUUUUAUAAUUUGCCUUCUUUUGGGUGAUAUUUUCUUGCUGUUGGUGCUACUGCCACUAGUGGUGGCGAAGGUGUCGGUGUAGGAAAACUAAUGAUACAGGCGAAAAGUUUCGAAUUCUUUGGCUCUGGAAAAUUCACAAGAGGAUAAAAAUAAUACGAAGUGAAAUAAUCGUUAUUCGUUCAUUGGUAAUAGAAGUUUGAAACGAAGAAAAAAAACGCUAUGCGUUGAGAAGAAUAAAGAGAAAAAAAAAAGUGUUAGUAAAAUUUAUAGUCGAAUUGUACGCUAGAAGUGGGAGAAGAAAAAAACCAGCGCUAGACAGUCGCACAGCCGAGUGGUACCUUGCAGGGGGCGACGAAGCUUACAAAAAUUUGAUGAAAUAAAGUGUCGUAAAAAAUAGCUACGGUGCACGUCGGAACAUCAGUGGUCAGGAUUUUGCCUAGACACCAUUUCCUGUGGCAAACCGACGACGAUAAAUAUAUUUUCUGUUGUAAUUUCUCGCGUGGCUUUCGACGGAAGUUGAGAUUUCUAGAGAGUAGUGGUUGGUGACAUAUAGACAAAAAAAAAGAAGUGGAACGCAACGACAGCAGCAACAAGACCAGGUAUCAUCAACACAGCUCAGCGACAUCAUUAACGGCCGCAAACGAAGGAAACGAGAGUAUCAUAGAAAGUACGACUGUGUGCCGAAUUUUUCAAGAGGUCCGACUAGUUCACUUUGGAUGUUUUGAUCGCAGACAUAGUUUGCAAAAGGUACUUCAAAACUCGGUGAUGUCAUAAUAUGGGUUUCACGUGCGAGAAAGCGCAUUAUCGCACGUCACAUUUUGAGCAAAGUUGGAUCGAAACAAUUGGCUGUGAUCAGUUGACUGCACCGGCAACAGCAGCAACGCUUACACCCGCCGGCACUGUCAGUAGUUUCAAAAAGCAUCAAAAGCUUCGCCCAAAAGCUUACAAUCAAAACAAAUCAUCACCGGCAAGCCAACAUCAAAGUGCCGCUCGAUUCCCACCUGCAUCGGAGCCACCAAAAGUAGUCAAUUCCAGAACCAGCCUUCAUUAUCCAUUCAACCUUUUUCAUCCGUUCCACUCAUCCUCGUACCAGUACUCGACGAUUAUUUUAGAUAAACUCUCACAAUUUAUCACUAAACAUGUAGCAGCGAGAAGUGGCUCCGUUUGGAACACUGCUCCAUUCUGCGCCUCCCCUGUCAGCACAUUUGACAAACCGUCGACUGAUGCGCUGGCUAGCCUGCAUUCCCACGACGCCGGAAGCAGGCAAUUUCCAACAGGGCCUCCAGAAGCUUGUGCAUCGAAUUGCCAACAGCCUUCGCCGUCCCCGUCCUCCUCCUGCUCAAAAACGUCGAGACUAGCUAUAUCGAGGGCCUCCUCCACACCAGCACCACAACCACAAACGGUGACGCCACCGUCGUCAUCAUCGUCCUGUGAUCCUUUGGUUGCUCCGGUUGAACCGAUUGGCAGCACAGCUACCACAACCGGUUGCACCAAAACGUUACCAUAUUCGUCGUCGUUACCGUCGGAACAAGCAUCAUCAACAGUAUCAUUAUCGUCAUCAUCGACCCAGGCCUCGCUGCCGACGCCUUCUUCGUCCGGCCUUCGGUUGCCUUCCACAGGCCCUUCAUCGCAUCAAGCCUCUUCGAUUUCAUCGACGACGACGAGGACAACGGCUAGACCUACUAGUAGUCAUUAUCUUGUAAGACACUCACUUUGUUUAUAUGCAGCAUCUAGCGUUAUAUUAGCAUUAUGUUAUCUAACAAUACCAACAGUUGCCUCAGACACACCACAUACUAUGCGAGGAAAAACUCGUUUUGCCGAAGGAAAGUCAGACAAAGAAAUUUUAGAUCACCUAUUAAAAGGCUCACGAUAUGACAAAAGGUUGCUACCACCGGUUGAUGAUGCGGAUUUCUGCUGCGGUAUGCAAACACCGGAAAUGGCAAAACAUAUUCCCGAUACGCGCGUUCCAGGACGUCCCCAGAAUCGCGGUUCUUUGACUGUGAAUGUUAGUGUACUGUUGUUAAGCUUAGCAUCGCCAGAUGAGUCUAGUCUAAAAUACGAAGUUGAAUUUUUACUCCAACAACAAUGGUACGACCCGCGGUUACGGUAUGCAAAUCAAUCAUCGUAUGAAUAUUUAAACGCAAUCCAUCACCACGAGGAUAUCUGGAUACCGGAUACGUACUUCAUCAUGCACGGAGACUUCAAGGAUCCGCUGAUACCGAUGCACUUUGCCCUGCGGAUCUACCGCAACGGUACGAUCAACUAUCUCAUGAGGCGACACCUCAUCCUCUCUUGUCAAGGUAGACUGAACAUUUUUCCAUUUGAUGAUCCGCUGUGUUCAUUCGCAUUAGAAAGUAUAUCAUACGAGCAGUCGGCAAUACGGUACGUCUGGAAGAACGACGAGGACACUCUGCGGAAGAGUCCUUCGCUGACAACCCUAAAUGCGUACUUGAUCCAGAACCAAACAAUAACCUGCCCCAUUAAAGCCAGCUGGAGAGCCGAAGGACAAGCAUUAACAGAAGAAGACGAAGAGUUUCUUUGUAAUUUGUGCCAGAGGCGAUUUGAGGAGCAAGGAAAUUACAGUUGUCUGAAAGUGGAUUUAAUAUUUACAAGAGAUCGAGCGUUCUAUUUCACGACCGUGUUCAUACCCGGCAUCAUACUGGUGACGUCAUCGUUCAUCACAUUCUGGCUGGAGUGGAACGCGGUACCGGCCAGAUCAAUGAUAGGCGUCACGACAAUGCUGAAUUUUUUCACCACCUCCAACGGUUUCCGCAGUACGCUUCCGGUAGUGUCGAACCUGACGGCGAUGAACGUGUGGGACGGCGUGUGCAUGUGCUUCAUCUACGCCUCGCUACUAGAGUUUGUCUGUGUCAACUACGUCGGCAGGAAGCGACCACUGCACAAUGUUGUAUAUAGGCCCGGAGAGAAUCCAGUUACUCAGCGUCUUCCAGCUGUCCUAAACAGGAUCGGAAUAAUACUCGCGAGUCCCCUGACGUCAAGAAUAUUCUCGGAAACCAUUGAAAACGAAUUCCACACGGCAAUUGCCGCCGAGAAGUCUGCUACUGCAGCAACAGCAAAAGCCACCCGUCCAGGUGCAACUUCUACUGCCAUGGCUGCUUCUACCACUACUCCACCUUCUGCUGUUGCUGCUGCUACUGCUACUUCUUCUGCUACCACUGCCGCUGCCACUUCAACUGCUGCUCUUACCCGAGAGAGAGUGAAGACUUCGACUUCCGCUUCAACCACAAGCCCAUCCUCGUCGAGACCAACCAGUGUCCUAAUGGAGGAAGGUCUUGGCGAUGGCACUGUCGGUGCCGUUAGAUCCCGCAUCCAGCGCCAACCGACCGUAGAAACCAAGAUCAAUGAUAUUGGUGUGAUGGAAACGAGCUUCGGUGUGAAGAAACGAGAAUCCAGCGGACCGAACGAGAUUGUUGCCUGUACCAGUUGCGCGGGUGGGACCAGCCCAUGCACACACUCGGCGAACAAUGGCUGUGCUACCGAGACAUGUUUCGUCCAGGUGCGGAAAAAAGAGCCACCCCAUCCGAUUCGGGUGGCGAAAACAAUCGACGUCAUCGCUCGGAUUACCUUCCCGUCGGCAUACGCAGUCUUUCUCAUAUUCUUUUUCAUACACUACAAGGGAUUCUCCUAGAAUACGAUCAACAAGCGAUUGCUUCACGAACUCUAUACGAAUAAUGUGCUGUAGUGGCAGCUAGCAUGGCUAUGGGCAAUGAUGCACCCAUUAUGAGGCAGAUUAUAAGUUUCCAGUGCUAUUCGCAUUUCACCGUUGUUAUGUAAAAUACAUAGAAGAUCAUUAACACCGAUUCAUUGUAAACUCACACCAUGGCGGCCAGUACCUACAUGGAAAUUUUGAUAAACUUACAAGUUACACCGCUUUCGACGAGUUACUCAUUAAAAAUAGACAGAAUUACGCAGCUUCGGGAUGCAAAGAACAGUUGUCAAUAAAAACUAAAUCGAGUAAGUUUGUAAAAAGUGACACAGAUUAGUAGAGAAAGAAAAAAACAACAAAAACAAAUACUGCCUUUUUAGUAAAACAGAAAAGAAACAUCAGCAACUACUAAACUAAAUCAAAACAUACAAAAACUGAACAUUUUGAGAAUGCUGUAAUGACAAACAAAAAUAGAUAGAAAACUGUAAAAAUAAAAACAAAAAACAAACUGUAAAUAGUGGGUAAUUUCGCGAAUUAAGUCUAGCUAAACUCGGUUUAGAUCACAGAGGAUAACAGUACAGUAGAGCAGUCGAGAUAGAAACCGGUCGCAAUUAGUUACCAUUUGUAAGUUCUACAACAAAAUUCUUUCCAUUUGAACCAAUGCAAAGCAGAAGUAGCUCAUUGAAUUUAGCUUAUUGGUGCGAUCGUUUUACUGAAUUGUGUCGAGCGUCGUCAGCAAUUGCCUAUUUAAAUUUUAUUCUACAUAAGGGACUGGAGCCGAUUUUCGUAGAACGAAUAAUUCAAAUUGAAUGAAAAAGGAUCAAACCAAGCAUAGAUAAAAAAAACAAAAAAAAACACACACACAAACACACACGCCAAGCCAAUGAUGAGAAUUUUUGCAAUCAAAUAGAGUUCUAGUAGGAGAAUAAGGAAUGAAAGAAAAUAUAGCAAUAUUAUUUGAAUAAAGUCUAAACUAAUGAUUAGCAUAUUUAUAUGAGAUAGAAUAAAGAACAAUUCAAUGACAAAGUCUAGAUAAGGUGCAAAUAGUCUAGUCAAAUAAGCAUUGAGAACAAAACAAGAUCAUAUAUUUUCUUAAUCUAAAAAGCAAUCGCAGACAGACACACACAAACUGUAUUUUGUACUCAUUUUCUACGAGAUCUGAAUGUAACAAGUUUGAUUUAACGUAAACCGCAAAUUGAAAACCAUUCUGCAGCUAAAUUGUAGGAUGACAAAACUCUAGAACGAAAUCAAUUGAUAAUGCCAUAAAUUGUAGUUGAAUGGACAGCUUGCAAUAUAGAGAACCGGAAAGCGAAAGCACCACCGUAUACUUCAGACCAAAGAAAAAAACGACACAAAAACUUACUUUCACCGUACAUAUUAAUAUCUACAAAAUCAUUACACAUGUAUUGAAUUAAUACAACUGGUCCGUAUUCCGUGAACUAAUCCCAGUGGUGUAGUUGGAUGCCCAUCAGGGCUUCAAAAAGCAGUAGAGCGGUAGAGUGGAGCCAACUAUGCUGAUUGACAGUCUGAUCGAGGAUAUUUUUGGAUUAACGAUUGUAUCUCACUGCGCUCACCACUUAAUGUAGGAGGUAGGUUUAGAAAGCCUUCAUUAAAUUAUUGUGAAAGUGAUCUGGUAGCUUAACGUCAUUAAUAAUGAUUGGGAUAACUUACAUUGAACAAUGGGAAUUCUUGAUUUCCCAUAGUUCAUUUUUGGGAAUAACCGCAAUGAAUUUUAAAGUUGGACAAUCCAUGAUCUUUGAGACAGCAAGUUAUACAAUAAAUUUCAAAUACAAUCACUUCCCAAGAUUUUCCAAGAAACAGUUGAAGAAGGAAAUUAAGUAGUGAAGUGUGAAGUAUUGUAGGUUUUGAGCAACGCGUCACAAUAUCAGAUUCAAUUGACAAAAUCGAUGCGAGAAAGCGACUGCUGGCUUUCUUUUUUCUAUUGAAGUCGAACAGCUAAAACACAAAUUUUCAAUCACUUGUCUCUCUUUCUUCCUUCGCUUCAUUGAUAUUUCUUUUAAGCUUCGGUGAAGCGGAUGAGUGAAAAAGCAAUCGACUUUGAUAGUUUCGUCUUUCGUGAAACACAUCAACCGAGGUUUCAUGACAUAUAUGAUGGAAAAUGAAAAUAUAUACUUAAAGCAUUUCUCAUGUGAAAACGCUUGAAGAUUACAAUGUAUAUGUUUAAUUUAUUUUCCAUCCAUAUAUUUAUCUAAAAAAUAAUUUGCUUUCUAACUUUAAACAUAACUUUGAACCCGAAGUUGGUAUGGAGAUAAGCAUUAUUUUUAGCCGAAAAAUUAGAUUAUAUAGCGCUAAAAAACUAAAACUGUCAAAAAAAAAUUGUCAACCUGAUUUCACAUCACUAAGUGAAAAAUGACUCGCUUGCCAAUUCCAGAUCGUUAUGGGUCAGUUUAUACGCAUUCAAUUGGUUUGCACUUGGCAAAUAAUUUUUCUCGCAUUCUUUCAAUUUAUCGUCUAUUGAUACCGAACAAGGUUAUUUUGUUCUGAAUUUGAACAAAGUACGCUUCAAAAUACCGGGAUUUGUCAUUUCUUUAGAAUUAAUUCCGUUUUUGGUAAAUGACUAUGGCAGUAUGUUAAAGACGAAAAUCUUAAAUUUAAAAAGAAAACUUAGAGCAAAUACCAUGCUUGAAAGGAUACAAGUAUCCGGGAGUCGGUGAGAACGCUGAGUGUUGAGUCCGACAUUUUGAUGCCUUAUUCAUCGGUCUUAAACUGCCGUCCCAAGGACCAUGAGGAUUGCAUAUAACUGAGACUGUUUUUCGUUUUAAUUGAGUCCAAGUUAUUUUUUUUUCUCCAUAGACUUCCUUCCUUCCUAUUAAAACUUAUGCCUUGCAAAUUAAGAACUAAGCGUACUGUUACAAGACGUUGUAUUUUUCCAGGCAAACACAUUCAUCAAUGAAGCCCAAUGAAUUUCAAUGAUAUGUUGUGCUUAGUUAGCAUUACCGAAUUAAUGAUGUGUUAUUAGGUAUUGAUUUUCCUACAGCCAUCAAACAUGAGUGGGGAACCGCAUAGGAUUUAAUUCUACCAUUAUUGGAUUCAAAUCGACAAAAGACUAACUUUCCAAGAAUCUGGAAUGAUAAUCGUAUUAACUUGAUGGUUUAUGUAAUGUUCGAAUAUACUGCCGCUCAUCGCAAUCGGUCCCGUUUGCGUUUUUGUCAAAACUGAGUUUUUCAAUGGAAAUGCCUCAUCACCUCACACGUUCUUAGCUGGGUAUUGCGAACUCUGUCGAUUUAAUUUUUCAAGUGAGCAAGAAAACAUCUUGAAAUUCUUUCGAAGCUUCAAAUUAUUUUGCUGAAUCAGCUCACGAAAUCGUAUAUACAUGCUGUCAAAUGUACUCUUGGCUCCUCCUUCUCUGCUCCACAAAUAACGUAUACAUGGUUUUGGGAGUGCACCUGCCCACAAAGCUCACAUGACUCUUAUAUAAAGUUUGAUUUAAUUCUUCUUUCAGCAAAUCGUAACCCAUUUUUGGCAUUAUCAUUAUCCGCCUACUAAGCUUGAUGUUUCGACAGUUUCAUAAUUAUAAUUCUUAAUUUGUUUUCAGUAGGAGGCAAUACUUUUAUUUGUGGUUCAAACAGUAACUACCCACAUGACUUCUAAGCUCUUUUGAAUUUUUGGCUCCCGUUUGACAGUUCGACUCGGCUCCCAGAGAUUCUUAGUACUGAAUGAACUCAACAGUUUUGUGCCGGAAAAGUUUGGAAAAACAGCAGAACGGGUUUUUCCAUUAGGGUAAACGCUCCUAUAGUUGCGGUAUGAAGUGAUAGGUUCCUAUAGUUGUGUAUGGAGUCUCCAUACAUAACUAUAGAGGUUUUUGAUGUUUAAUCGGCGCACACUAAUGCACCAUCUAAACUGAAGGAGUGCAAGCAAGAGAGAAACAGAUUAGUGGGAAAACAAACCAUCUCAUUCAUUCCUGUGUGCUCGAUAGAGCAAGACGAUUCAAUGUCAAAACGGUCUAGAGGAACCUAACGCUUCUAACGUACCGCAAUUAACCCUAGUAGUACGCUUGUCACAUAUCGGUUGUAGAAACUUGGUUACGACUUAUUUCAGUCAUAAACAAGUUGCUGCAACUUUUAUUAACGAAAGUGUGCUACCCGGGAAAGGAGCGUUUACCCUGCAUAAGAAGCAAUCGUACUAGGUUUUUUAAGUUUCUUUUGCGAGCGUUUUGUCGGAUCUCAGCUUAGUGUUCUACGAAGCAUUUCUACAGAUAUAAAUUAAGAACUUUCUAUGCGAACAUUAUCAGCAAAAAUUUGUAUAUUGUGUGGAAAAAACACAGUGGUACAUCGCCAGAGACGAAUCAGCCAAUGUACCUUGGAAAAAAUCUAACCUUACUUAAACUUUCAAUGAAACUGUAUGCCCAGGGAAGCCGAGAAAAUUGUCAACCAAAAAAUUGUCCUCGACCGCCGAAUCACUCCUCAGCUUGGUAAUACCGUGUCUGGUAAUACCGUGUCUGAUAAUACCAUGUCUGGUAAUACCGUGCUUGGAUUGAACAACGUGCAUAAUUUAUCUUUUUCCUGGCUUUGCACUGAAAACGAAUAUUACUCAAAGAGUGAGUCACUAUCACUAAUUCGUAUGACGAAUUUUCCAAAACCGUAGCCUACUCAUGCGCUGAGUGACCUAAGCUUUUAGAAAUUUCUCCAUACGAAUGAGUAAAAGUGACUCACUCUCUGAGAUAGUUUCGUUUUCAGUUUGACACUGUUAAACGAGCUGCCGCUUGCACUCAACUCUUUGAAGCACUUUCACAGUUCUUAAUUGAGAGUCAGUUGUACACGCAGGCAAAAUAACGUAAGAAUUCCAUAAGAAACGCUUAUGAAUUUUAGCCACAAGAAAUCAGUAUGAAUUUCAUUGAUUUACUUUAUGAAAAGUAUGUUGACAAAAAAAUAAUAAAUCGGAGCAGACUGGAACCGAACCAUGGACGUUGAGUGUCAUUCAACGCGUGGGAAAAUUAAAUGGUUAAAGGCGUAUAACAGCUACCUCAUGUUACCCGAAAAUCAUUCAUAAGUAAUAAAUUUCUAAAAACGUGGGUUACUCAACGCUGAGUCAGCAGUCUCACCGGCCGUGUAUUAUAAACAAUGCAUGCAUUAAUCGUUUCCAAAGCUGCUAGUUGUAUCUAUUUUCUCACAGGUGACAACUCACUCCGUUAUUGUUAAGGAGUUUUUUUUAGUAUAGGAAAAAUCGUUCAUCCCUGAAAUUCACAGUAAAUAGGCCCGGGUCAAGUUCCUGUCGAUUUUCAAUCGAUCAAUCAAUCAAUUUCUUUGAUAUCUUUGUUGAGGCUCCACGGCCAUGAGCCCUUAAAUUUUUCAUGUAUGUACGGGAACAGACAUAACGUUCAUCAGGAACCAAUAAUAAAUGUAUGAGAGAGAGAGAGAGAGAGAGAGAGAGAGAGAGGGAGAGAGAACGUUGUCUCUCAAUUUCGUUUUGUGAGUGAUGAUGGAGCUCUGAGAAAACAGAUGAAAUGAGUGCAGUGAUAAGCUGCAAUAAUCGCCAGUAACACCAACAUAGCUCAAAUAUGGGAAGGACAAAAUAAGCUUAUAUAGAUAAUUUAUAUAAGAUUCUGAAAAUACUAGGGGGUCUAAGUUGGCGUCCAUGAUUGGCUCAUCGUGAUGAGUUUUGGCAGCACAUCUCAUAAUUUCUACUUUUGAGGUUUCAAACAAAUAAACCCUGAAUGAAUUAAUGAAUCUCCUUAACUGACAUGGAAAAUGUUUGGCUCAAUACUGUGGUUAAGAAAUAUGCCCAAAAUAGAAGAGUUACCUCUUGUUACUAGAUUUAGAUCAUUUAUCUUUUCAUAUAUUCAAUACAUGUGUAAUUAUUCUACUACGAAACCUAUAUAUCCGAGGUGUUUUUUGAGGUGCAAACAAACUCUUUUUGAAUGUAAAUCCAACAAUACUUAAGAACUUCAUAUGGUCGAAUUUAACCUUUCUGCCGAAUAAUAAGGUGAUAAUGUUUUUUUUCUUUGAAUCUAGAAAUCCUGAAAUCAGGCCUCGAAUAAAAAUCAUUUUGUCAUUUGUAUCAAAUCUGUAUAGCACUCAACAUGUGAUACCGUGGAACCCCGGUAAUCUGAUCGCUAUUUAUCUAAAUACUUGACACUUAUUAUGGUAACAUUCCCCUUUCUGACAGUGGUGUAAUUUUGCGUGGGAGAGCUAAGAGUUUCUAUAAAUUGACGUUUGAAUCUUUGUUUACAAUAACAGAUACGUUUUUUGAAAAAAAAAAAUCAUCUUUGAAUGGUACUCUAUGCCCAGUAAAGUUGCCAAAAAUUCCAACCCGAUAGAUUUUCAGCCUCUUGCUUGGUAAUACCAACCGGUGAGCACUCGUGUUCAUUUGAGUUACCGGGGGACGUAAUUUGUGAUUAGUCCCGGUCCCUUUCAAAUUGUAUC